UGCGCUUCACACGGAUUGGCAGUACAUGCAGGGAAAAUACCUUGCACGGUGAAAUUUGGAAAAUGUAUUCUGUUACAGACAGUAACGAUACUGGAACCGUUCCUGCAUUUUUGAAAAAGUUAUGGAUAUUAGUUGAAGACCCAGGAUGGAAUGAUUUGAUUUGUUGGGGAGAGGGUGGCACCAGUUUCCAUGUGUACGACCAGUCCCGGUUUGCUCGGGAGGUCCUGCCGCUAUACUUCAAACACAACAAUAUUGCCAGCUUCAUCAGACAGCUCAACAUGUAUGGUUUCCGAAAGGUUAUGAGCGUCGACCAGGGUGCCCUGAAGGUUGAGAAAGAUGACCUUGAGUUCCACCAUGUGUACUUUCAGCAAGGUCAAGAGGAACUAAUGGAAAACAUCAAGAGAAAGGUGUCGCCUGGAAUGAAGGUGGAGUCGAUCAAGUUGAAACAGGAGGAUGUAUCCAAGGUGCUGACUGAUGUCCGCAAUCUCCGUGGCAAGCAAGACAAUAUUACAGCCAAGAUGGACACUCUCAAGAGAGAGAAUGAGGCGUUAUGGAGGGAGGUGGCCAAUCUGAGACAGAAGCACCUCAAACAGCAGCAGAUUGUCAACAAGCUGAUACAGUUUCUGGUGACCCUGGUGCGAGGGAACCGGGGAAUCCCCACCAAUUCCAGGAAGAGAGUGAUGCCACUUAUGUUGAACAACUCCAGUCAGAUCAGUGCCAAGCAGCCCAAGCUGAGUCGACAGUUGUCCAUUGAAGAGACAGCCAAACCCUACACUGUUCAGUCGCCGUCAACCAGUGAAAUUGAUUUCACCCAACCCCAAGCUUCAGGACCAAUCAUCCAUGAAGUAACAGAUUCACUGCCCAAUCUCAAUCCUGAUGUCGUGGAUGAUGAUGAAAUCUCACCUGAUGCACUUCUCAAUGAAGUGACCCCUAUCAGCCUCAUGCCAAACAUUACCAGCCUUAUGACAACCCCUCCCACCUUUACAACUACGCCUACUCCACCAGUGAAUGUUCCAACCACAACAGCCGGCAUCAUGGGCUUGCAGGUGACAUCAGCACCCAUCACAGCAACGUCCGUCAUCCCCACUGACGCAUUAGACAGGACUGAUAUGAACGAACAGCUGGACAUCCUGCAGACUGACAUCAAUGAGUUGAAGGAUUUGUUGUCAGGAGGACAGUACAGUCUUGACUCCAGUGUGUUGUUGGGGUUGUUCAAUCCAGAGUCGCCCCUGUCUAAGGCUGCAGAUACAACACUGCAGACAAUUCAAGAUGGUAACAAGUCUGGAAACACUGGUACAAUCUUGGGUAAUGAAUUGAUCCAGUAUGAACCUCAGGAAGACCUGUCCAGCCUGCCACUGUUUGACCUUGGCGACACCGGCCUAAGUCUGCCUGGUCUGGAGGACAUGGAUGACAACAUGGACGACAACCUUGCUGGGAAUUCCUUGCCAGAAUCUCAUCCUCCUGAGCUCCACACUCCGCAGAUAGAUCCUGAUCUAUUUUUGACAAAUGUGAAAAUCAAAAGGGAGAAGGACAACUGAUUGAGAUGAUGUACAUAUUUUAAUUUUGUCAUAUUUGAGUCAGGAAAUGAAGUUGUAAAUUACCCAACUCUUUAAGCAUUCACAGCUGGUCGAGUUCUAGAUGUGCUCUUUGUUACUAUGUUACUGACAAAUAGCCAUGGGAUGUUUUGGGAGUUUUAAAGGCAUUGAUUAGUGUAUACACAGUAUAGUGAAAUCAGUUGUAGGUUGGCCUUUGAGAAAUAGUCUUUUCAUUUAUUUUUUUUUGCCUCAGUAUGCCACAGCAUAAGAAAUAUUGAGCAUUUAUGACAUUUUUAUUGCAUUGUAUCCAUCAGUCAGUCACCUAUCAAUAAACAUAUUGCUGAAAAUGCAUUUAUCAGUGUUCAAAACAUACACCAUUCAGGGAGACAAAACCAGGUGAGAUUAAUCAGGAUCACCAAUUGUUAAAAGUCGUCUGUCAUAUAAAAAUAAUUUGUAUGCUUUGAAAGUGAAAGUAUCCAUAUUUCUUGUAGCACUGGGACCAUUUUGAAAAAUGAUCCUUAACUUCUGAGUAGUAUAUAUAAUAUGAGUUAAGGUCAUUACCCUUUGGCUCUCAGUCUACUUCUAACGUCACUAUUGGUACCCAGAAGGCCCAAUCUGGUCUCAUGACUGACAAAACCCUUGCAUGAUAUAUUAUUUGUUUUAAUAUUGAUUACGAAGGAACAUAUGAUUGCAUGACCAUAACAUCUCUGUGAAUUGUAAAAUGAUUUAGGUAGCUUGUUCAGGACAGACAGCAGAUGUCGUCUGCCCUUUUUGAAGCUGCUGUUUCAGAAGAAGUGCUCUCAUCUAUAUUUAUUGUUGUAGCUUCAUCUUUGCUGUAAAUAAAUGUUAAGAUGAAAUCAUCCAUCAUGAAGAACUCAUCCUGAUGUUUCUGUUUAUGGCUACUUAUUUUUAUUACUUAUUUCAUCGUGUUUCUACCAGGAUUAGGGUACCAGGAUUAGGGGUUAAAAUAGGCAGGUUGUAAGCCCAAAUGGAUUUGGUGGCUCAGUGACUUGAUUCAUUGCCUGUCUUCGUACCCCUACUGGGUGGAACAUUGCUCACAACACCCAUCACAGGAUUGUUUGGCUUAGCCUUAUACAGGCCACUGUCAUUGAGCUGGAAUAUUGCUUAGUGCCGAAUAAUCACCACGCCCACAUUGUAUAUAUGUACAUAUGUUUAGCUUGUACAAGACCCUGUUGUGAGGUAAUCUACACACUGUAAAAAUAUAUUAGGUUUGUGACCAUCUUUAACAAUCUUUUGUUCAUCCCUGUUUCAAGUUAUACAAAUGUUUGAUGCCUUGUAGAAACAGACUUAAUAUACUGUCAUUUGAUUAUGGUAGACCUUCAUUUAAUUCAUCUAAGGUAUUGCAAAUCUGUGCACACACUUGUGUCCUUAGGUGUGCCACAACCAUGUGAUCGUGGGUUCAAAUCCCAGUUUGUUUCUAGGUUUGUCUAACACUUGAGCAAUAAACAGUUUUAUAAACCAGUGUUAAAUUUCCAAAAAGCUCAAGGUAUGGCAAACCUGUUCCCAGGUAUCACAGUGUCAUAUGUCUGAGGGGCAGUGGGGUAGCCUUGUGGUUAAAGCAUUCGCUUGUGGCGCUGAAGACCUGGAUUCGAUUCCCCAUGUGGGUACAAUGUGUGGGGCCCAUUUCUGGUAUCCACCUUGAUAUUGCUUGAAUAUUGCUAAAAGUAGCAUAAAACUACAACUCAAACACUCACUCAUAUGGGCUGAAUAUCGUUUGAACGACUGUAAGACCAUCCUCACUCACUCUAAGUUCUGUUUCUUUUUUUGAAAGUGAUAAUAAAUAAAUUUUAAAACUAUUGUUUACACUGUGCGCAAAAUUAUGCUACUUAGGGUCAGCUACCCAUGAUAUAUUUCUCAGGAUAACUUGUAAGGAAAACUGAGAACUCGCACAAUACGUCCACACAGCGGUGUGACAAGAAGAAGAAUGAUCACUCUGAGGUAGUCACAUGGGUAGAUAGGGGAACGGGCUGCCCGCUUAGCCAGGGACUAGGGACCUGUCCUAUAAAGAGAGCAGCCUGGGGAACAUUAUCGUAUGGACAAGGGAGGCCUACAGGAAAAGUUCUCAUUCGUUCCAUUCGUGGAAGCAGGAGAGAGAAGUGCAAAUCGUGACAUGGAUAAGUAUAUGAAUAUACAAUUUAUAGUUACAAUUUCCAAUAACAACUUAUUUUUGUGAGUGAUGCAUGGUGUUUCUUCUAUUUUGUGUUUGUUAUAAGGUUAACCUUGUCACAACAUGUAUUUUGAGAAAAUAUUUGUAUCAGCAUCAGUUUGUUAUUCAUAUCAGUUUGUUUUGAAUUUUCUCAGUUUCUGUUUAGCACAUGGGGUUUGGCGCAUUGUUGAUUGCCUUCUUACAUUGGUCAUGUACAGUGUAUAUACAAGUAGGUAGUGUAUCAUGAAUAUGCAGACAUUAUGCACCUGCUCAGUCAGCUGCUAUGAUUAAUAAACUGUUAUGGUUUCAUACCAAAAA